CUCCAAAAUAUUUACAAACGUGUUUUCUGCCGCCACAUGCGUUGCGUUAGCUCGUCGUUUUACUUGAAACAUUUUCAAACAAUUUUAUUGUAAAAAAAAACAUCUCUAAUUAGUUUAACAAAACUCCCCUUCAAGUUAGAAGAAAUGAGUUCGGGCGAGGAAGAUACAAAGCCGUCGGUUGAUACAAAACACGACUCCCAUCACCACCACCACCAGGAUCAAGAUGAGCACAGGGGCUUCAGCAAGAAUGCUAUCCGCAAGCGAAGUCGCGAGUUUGCCCACCAUCAGAACCGCAUCAUCGUGCGGAACGUGUCCUACAAAAUAACCGACAAACUGUUGCGGUCCGAGUUCGAGAAGUACGGAACCCUGGAGGAGGUCAACAUCCUGAAGCGUCCAGAUGGCCGGCUUGUUGGUUGUGUGUUCCUGCAGUACACGAAGCGAGAGGAAUCCGAUCGGGCCAUUCAGGAGAUGGACGGAAACAUCUUCAUGGGACGGAAGCUACAGAUAUGCUACGCGCAACAUAAGGGCACAUACAAAAAGGCAAAAACAGAAACGGAGGUGAAAACCGAGGAAAUCAAACAGGAAGACGAUGACAUUCAGGAAACGGAAAUCAAGGAAGAAAGCGACGAAGAUGAAGCCGAAGAAGAGGAAGAGGAUGACGAUGAUGUGGAGGACGAGGAUGAUGAAGAUGAUGAUGACGAAGACGAUGACAAAGAAGACGUAAAAGAAGCACUGAAAGAUGUGAAGCUAGAGGUCACACAUCAAAGGGAGAAAAAUCAUCAUGAGAUAGAGGAAGGUAGAACGGUAUUUCUGAAGAAUGUCCCGUACGAUGCAGAUGAAUCGAGUAUCAAGGAUGUCUUGUCGCAAUUCGGCACCGUAGAGAAGGUACUUAUCAACAAAGAACGGGCAUCGGGCCACUCGAAGGGAACUGCAUUCGUAAUCUUCAAGUUGAUGGAUUCAGCUGAAAUGAGCAGGAAACAAAGCUUGAAGAUUCAGAUAAACGAUCAGUUUGUCGAAAUCCUGGAAGCGUUGAAAAAGAAACAGAUUCGGGAUAAGGAAAGCAAAGACAAAGUGCCAAAAGAUUCUCGAAAUUUGUAUCUCCUGAAGGAAGGUGUCAUAAUGGCGGGUUCACCAAGUGCGAAAGAGGUUUCCAAAUCUGAUAUGGCUCAACGUUUGCAACUGGAGCAACGAUGUGCUCAAAUGUUGAAAAACCUCAACAGAUUUGUAUCAAGGGAACGGUUGACAAUUCACAAUUUGCCAGCAAACUAUACCAACAACGAUCUACGACAGAUGGUUUUGAAGCAUGCUGGUAAAAACCCCAACGAAUGUCGUGUUAUGCGAGAAAAUAAGCCGUCAUUCGGUAAUCCCUCGGGGCAAUCGCGAGGAUACGGAUUCCUGUCGUUCAAAGCCCAUGCCACUGCCUUAGAAGUUCUCAGAAAGCUGAAUAACAACCCGUCAGUUUUCGGCAAGAAUCGCAGACCCAUUGUUUCAUUCAGUAUCGAAGACCGAAAAGUGCACAACAUCAAACAGCAACGGAUGUUGAAGUCACGACUCAAUAACCCCACGUACCAGCAGAAACUAGAGAAAAUACGUGCCAAGAAAAUAGAGAAACUAAUUCGCAAGAAGGAGCAUCAGAAGAACGCCAAGGAACAAAUGGCCAUAGUACCGAGCACGCAGUUUUCCGCUAAACAUGCCAAAGCAGGAAACCCCAAACCAGCGACGAAAGAACGCCGGAGAAAUAUCAUCGAAAGCACUGAAGAUUUCAGUGGGGAAAUAUCGCGCAAAGGCAAGGUCGGUAUCCGAUCGAACAGGAAAAUCAACACCCAAGCGGAAGCCCACGUUGCCCGACUGAAGGCCGAGAAGAAGGAAGCACGCAAGAAACGAGUCAAGCAGCAACACGAACGCAAUCGCAACCUCAAGGCAUCGCGACGAGCCCAGCAGAAGCAGCCCGGUUUCAUGGCGCAGAACAAGGAGGAUCGAUACUUCCAGCAAACGGUCGGCAAGUACAAGGAGAUGAUCAGUCAAGCAACUAGCAAUGCGAGCGCUCGUAAUAAGUGGUACAGUGAAUGAGAUGUGAAUAAAAGCGAGGCGAUAUUUGUUAAUGAGA